ACGAAAGGUGAGGAUCCUUUCAAACUUUUAGCUACAGAACAAAUAUAAAGGCCAAUUUUGCACAAUUUCCUACCACAUUUUUGCAACCUCUACCUUGUUACUCCUUUGCCAUGACUCUCAUCCCAAGUUCUGUCCGUUUUGACUACUCUUACUCUAAAAUAUGGUCAUGGUUAAGCAAGAAUACCAACGGAAUUGAUGAUUUCUCACGCCUCUUCUUCACCCUUGUUGGUGUUUUUGCAAUUUUUUGGUAUACAUGGAUGUACAUCAAAUCUAAGAACAAGGGGAAGCCAACAUCCCCACCAGGCCCUCGCGGCCUCCCCUUGGUGGGAAACCUUCCCUUCCUUCAACCUGACCUUCACUCCUACUUCGCCGAACUAGCUCGUACCUACGGGCCUGUCGUGAAACUCCAGCUUGGGUGCAAGAUUGGGAUCCUGGUGACCUCCCCAUCCACCGCCCGGGAAGUACUUAGAGACCAAGACAUCGUGUUUGCCAACCGUGAUGUGCCUGCGGCUGCUAUGUUAGUAACGGGCGGGCGUGAUAUAGCGUGGAACCCCUACGGUCCUGAAUGGAGGAUGUUACGAAAGAUUUGUGUACUCAAGAUGCUUAGCAAUGCUACUUUGGACAAAGUGUAUUCGCUUCGCCGUAGAGAAGUACGAGAAACCGUGGGUUAUAUACAUAGUAAGACCGGAUCGCCUGUAAACGUCGGUGAGCAAAUGUUUUUAACUAUAUUGAAUGUGGUCACCAGUAUGUUAUGGGGUGGGACGGUGGAGGGUGACGCCAGGGCGAGCCUCGGUGCGGAGUUCAGGCACGUCAUCUCAGAAGUGACAGAGAUAUUUGGUCUGCCCAAUAUUUCAGACUUUUUCCCAGUCCUGGCCCCCCUUGAUUUGCAAGGUCUAAUCAAACGUAUGGGAAAGUCAGUGGAGAAGUUGAAUGGGAUCGUUGAUAAAAUAAUUGAUCAACGGCUGAGGGUUGAGAGAGAAAGUGGGAGCACAACAGUGGAAUUUAAGGACUUUUUACAGUUUCUAUUACAGUUGAAGGAUGAGGAAGAUUCCAAGACACCAAUGACCAUGGACCACAUCAAAGCGUUGCUCUUGGAUAUGGUGGUGGGAGGAUCAGACACAUCCUCUAACUCGAUUGAGUUUACACUAGCUGAAGUCAUGAACAAGCCAGAAGUCAUGAGAAAAGCACAGCAAGAAUUGGAUGAAGCAGUUGGCAAGGAGAACAUUGUGGAAGAAACCCACGUUCACAAGUUACCAUAUCUACUUGCAAUUAUGAAAGAAUCAUUGCGUUUGCACCCAGUCCUCCCUCUCCUAGUCCCUCACAGCCCGAGUGCAGACUGCACAGUUGGCGGGUACGCUAUCCCUAAGGGUUGUAGGGUGUUCGUCAACGCCUGGGCAAUUCACAGGGACCCUUCUGUCUGGGAAAAUCCGUUGGAGUUCAACCCUGACAGGUUUUUGAACAGCAAAUGGGAUUUUAGUGGGAGUGACUUCAAUUAUUUUCCAUUCGGGUCUGGCAGAAGAAGCUGUGCUGGAAUAGCAAUGGCUGAGAGGAUGGUUUUAUAUUCAAUUGCCACGCUCUUGCAUUCUUUUGAUUGGAAAGUGCCAGAGGGUAAGAAGUUAGAUACUACAGAGAAGUUUGGGAUUGUUUUGAAGUUGAAGAAUCCACUGGUUGCAAUUCCAACGCCAAGGUUAUCGAAUCCAGCUCUUUAUGAAUAAAAAUUUUAGAUUGGAACCCUUCACUUCUUGUACUAAUAAAAAAGAAAGUAAAGUUAAUGCUAAAUAUGUAUAAAAUAAAAGUACUGUUCAACAUAAUAUAUUAUACUAUCUAUAGCUUCUCAUCAUUA